UAGCAACCAAGAAGUUGUACACUCCAUAGUAAGUGCGGCUGCAAUGUUUUCUUCAGUAUGAGAGCAGAGAUCCUAUAGGAUUUCUUGGAAAGGACAGUCCCGAAAACCUGAGGGUCUUUAUGGAGAACACAAUGGCAGAAGGGCAUAACACAGUACCGGAAAAGAUCUCAGGGAAUCUAUUCCCCACAGAAGUGACUGAAGAAAAGCUCCAAGAAGCUCGGAAUAAAUCCCUCGCAAAAAAUUUUGGCUCCAGUCGCUUGUUUUUAGAGGUUCACAAUAACACCGAUCAACACGCCAAGCACACGUAUGAAGAUAUCGUGCAAGGAAAGAUGGUGGAACACUAUGAGCGGGGUCUGCAGCACUUGGCACAGAAGGAAUGGGAAAAAGCUGUUACCGCCUUUUCAAAAGCCAUAAACCUGUGUCCAGACAAGGUGGAGCUGUACGUCAAGCGAUCGGAAGCGUUCCUCCAGCUCGGUGACUUCCAGUCUGCGGCGCUCAACUUGAGGAAGGCGACAUCCAUGGCGCCCCCAGUCACAGAGCAUAUAGAACAGCUGGCCCUGACAUAUUACCUACAGGGACAAAGCUUGUUUGAUCAGAACCGUCACCUGGAUGCCCUGGAGUCUUUUACCUGCGCCGCAGAGCUGCAGCCUCAGAACAAACAUCACCACAUGCGCAGUAUUUGUUGUCUGGCUGCAUUGGGAAGAUACGCAGAAUGUAUCCACCUACUGAAUAAACUGCUGGAAGAAGAACAAGGAAAUCCUGACAUCUAUGUAGUACGCGCCAAUCUGUAUGAUCAGCUCAAUAAGCCCACAUUGUGCUAUCAGGAUGUGCACGCAGCUUUGUCGCUGGAUCCACAGCACCAUGAAGCACUCGACUUACGGCAGAAAAUGACAGCAAAAGCGGAGGAAGCUAAAGACAAAGCGGUCAACUUGGCCGUCCAGGGGCAGCUACAGGACGCCUUGAAAAAGAUCUGUUUUGCUAUAGAGAACAACCCGUUAUCAGCUGAAUAUCACAUAUUCAGGGGUACGGUGUACAAAAAGCUGAAAGAUUUCAGUCUGGCGGUGGAUGAUUUCGUAGGUGCCAUGCAGCUUUGCAACGCAGAGGAUGGAUCGGGUAAUGAAGCCACGCGGCUACACCCAGAGGCUGAAGAGCAGCUACUUCUCACCUACAAUGACUUCGCUGUGCAUUGCUACAUGAAGGGAUUCUACCAGGAGGGAGCGCAGUUACUGAACAAGGCGCUGGAGGGGGACAGGAACAAAAAAGAGCUUUACAUGAACAGGGGAGACUGUUUCUUCCAGUUGGGGGAGCUAGCCUUUGCCCUGGCCGAUUAUCAGCAGGCAUUUGACCUGGAUGAGGAAGACUGGGGUGCCAGGACUCGAGUUGCGAAGCUCCUUGAUGAGUUAGGAAUUCAGGCUCAGAAUCAGAGGCAAUACCAGCAAGCUGAGCACCACUUCUCGGAGGCCAUCAGAAAACAUCCCCUGCUUCCCCAAGUAUAUCUCCACAGAGCCAGACUCCGGCGCACGCUACAGGACAUCGCCGGCGCACAAGAAGACGCAGUCCUCUCUAUUCUCCUUAACCCAAAAAGUGAUGAGGCAACACCAACAAUAAUGAAUUUUUUCCCUGGAAAAACACUGGAGGAGGUUAUAACCAGCAAGCUUGCCGGCAACGCUCGAUGUGUCCUGGAGCAAAAUUUGGAGAAUCUGCCCUUGAGGUGUAAAGACGCCAUUCAGCCCACACGUGGCCAGAAGGAUCGAACCCUUCCUGGGACCAGAAGAGAUCUGGCUGUUUGUAUGACUGAUCAGCAACUGGUGGAAAUGGUUGGCAGGCGCAGGAAGCUUAAAACAGAUCUCCAAGCAGCACUUAACAGACGAGGAUACCUGAAGUCGACAGCUCCACGUAUCACUACUAGACCACCACAACCCAGGGAGGAGACCCCCGACACACAUGCCCCUUAUCAAUGGAAGACAUUUGGACUUGGACUUGACAAACACUAGAUAGGAAGCCAUGACCCACCAGUAGUCUGCAACCUGCGUUUCUCCUGCGAUACUUCAAAUCCCAUCAAAGUCUUGACAGCAACUGAAGGGCCACAACACAACAGGACAGUGUUUCCCCAACCAGUGUGCCUCCAGCUGUUGCAAAACUACAACUCCCAGCAUGCCCGGACAGCCGAAGGCUGUCCGGGCAUGCUGGGAGUUGCAGUUUUGCAACAGCUGGAGGCACACUGGUUGGGGAAAACACUGCUACAGGAGGUAAACUGGAAAAAGACAAUGCAAUUUUUUAUUUAAAAAGGUUUAUUGCAUGAAGCUACGAAUAAAAUGUUUAAAAACACGGCUCAGACCCAGCAUUUGUUUGGGGGGGAAAACAAACACCACUAUAGUUUUGGAGCCAAAGCUAAAAGCCGAUGUAGCAGGAAGGAGAGGCAGACGUCCUUCCUCCAUAAUUGUAAUCGUAAUUUUGGAUCCGCUUGAGGCUUUGGCUCAGAAAUUGUAUUAAAAACUGCGGUGGUGUAUUUCCAAAACUCUGCACUACCAGCCUUAAAGGGGUACUACCGUGGAAAUUUUUUUUUUUUUUUUUUUUUUUUAAAUCAACUGGUGCCAGAAAGUUAGAACAGAUUUGUAAAUUACUUCUAUU